AUGUCAAAACCAAUUGUAACUAUUAUAGGAUCAUUAAAUUAUGAUCUAGUAACUUUCACAAAUAAAGUUCCCCAAGGUGGAGAAACAUACACGGCAAAUUCAUUCGAAACUCAUCAAGGUGGAAAAGGUUUAAAUGAAGCAAUUGCAGUAUCAAGAUUGUCACCAACUGAUAAAAUUCAUACAAGAAUGAUUGGUAGAAUAGGUGAUGAUGAUUUUGGUUCAAAUUUAAUAAAUUGUUUAAAAGAAAGUGGAGUUGAUGUAAAAUAUGUUGAAACUAUAAAGGGGAUAAGUUCUGGAGUUGCAACUAUAAUAGUUGAAUCAAAUGGAGAAAAUAGAAUUUUAAUUACACCAGGAUCAAAUGGAAAAUUAAAACCAACAGAUGAAGAAUAUAAAAAUUAUUUUGAAAAUAUAGAUUCGGGAUUUGUUGUUUUACAAAAUGAAUAUCCAGAUUCUGAAAAAACAAUAAAUUGGUUAAAAUUAAAUAAACCCAAAAUUAAUAUAGCGUAUAAUCCAUCACCUUUCAAAGAAGAGUUAAUAACUAAUGAAAUAUGGUCAAAAAUUGAUUUAUUAAUAGUAAAUGAAGGAGAAGCAAUAGAUGUUGCCAAAAAAUUAUUACCAAAUAUAAAGCUUAAUGAAGAUAUUGAAGGAUUUCAACAAUUAGCAAUUGAAAUUCAUAAAUUAAUAAAUCAAGAAAAUAUUAAAACAGUAAUUAUAACAAUGGGAAGUAAAGGUAGUUUAUAUUAUGAUGGAACAACCUCCACUCCAAAAUUUAUAAAUUCUAAAAAAAUUGAUAAUGUAAUAGAUACAACAGGAGCAGGUGAUACAUUUUUUGGAGGUGUUAUUUCAAAUUUAUCAUUAGGUAAAACAAUUGAAGAUUCUGUAAUAUUUGCUACAACUGCUAGUUCUUUGGCAAUACAGAAAAAGGGAGCAGCUGAAGGUAUACCUACUUAUGAAGAAGUUUUAAAAAAUUUAUAA